GCGCAGAUCCCGCCGCACUCCCGCGCCCCGCACGGUCCCGUUCGCGCGCGGAAUGGCAAUGGCUCCCCCCGCCCGCACCAUGGCUUCCCCCGCUCCCCGGGCGCUGCCUCUCCUCCUCCUCCUCCUCCUGCACCUCGCCGCCUCCUCCAAGCUCAACACGCCCAAGGUGCUGCUCCCCUUCACCCGCGGCACCCGCGUCAACUUCACGCUAGAGGCCAGCGAGGGUUGCUACCGAUGGUCAUCCACGCGGCCGGAGGUGGCGAGCAUCCAGCCGCUGGGGCGGGACGGCUGCCACUGCUCGCAGAGGGCUCUGGUCCAGGCGCGCUCCUCGCAGCCCAUGCGCCUCACCACCGUCAUCUCUGCCGAGGAUACACUGACAGGACAAGUGCUUCGCUGUGAUGCCAUCGUUGAUUUAAUUCAUGGCAUUCAAGUUGUGUCCACAACAAGGGAGCUCUAYCUGGAGGAUUCACCUCUGGAGCUCAAAAUCCAUGCUUUGGAUUCAGAAGGAAACACUUUCAGCACCUUGGCAGGGUUGGUGUUUGACUGGACAGUAGURAAGGACCCAGAGGCCGAUGGCUUCUCAGACUCCCACAAUGCACUACGUAUACUCAAGUUCUUAGAAUCCACUUACAUCCCACCUUCCUAUAUAUUGGAGAUGGAGAAAGUUGCCAAGCAAGGAGAUACCAUUCUGGUGUCUGGAAUGAAAACAGGGAGUUCUAAAUUAAAAGCAAGACUACAGGAAAGCAUCUAUAAGGAUGUACAGCCUGCAGAAGUCAGAUUGCUUAUUUUGGAAAACAUCCUUUUGAAUCCAGUAUAUGACAUUUAUCUUCUAGUAGGAACAUCAAUUCAUUACAGAGUUCAGAAAUUGAGGCAAGGGAAGAUCACAGAAAUAGCCAUGCCAUCAGAUCAGUAUGAGCUGCAGCUCCAGAACAACAUCCUUGAUCCCAAGGGAGAUUCUUCCCGGCCAGUUGCCAAGCUGGACCAGGAAACAUCCGUUGUGACUGCAUUGCAGCUGGGGCAAACCAACCUCGUCCUGAUGCACAAGAAUAUCCGCAUGCAGGGGGUGUCCAGGCUACCCAACAGCACUGUCUAUGUGGUACCUCCUGCAUAUUUGGGAUUUACAGUUCGUCCAGGUGACAGAUGGGUCCUGGAAACGGGCAGACUUUAUGAAAUUAUAAUUGAUGUGUAUGAUAAAUCAAGCAAUAAGGUGUAUUUAUCUGAUAACAUCAGAAUUGCURCAGAGCUGUCCAAAGAAUACUUUGAGGUGCUGCAGUCAUCUCUGAAUGGAUCCUAUCACUAUGUGAAGGCARUAAAGGCGGGCCAGACCACAAUUGAUGCUGCACUGACGUCAGUAGUUGAUCAGGAUGGAGGUGUUCAUACCUUGUCAGUUCCAGUGCGAAACCAGCAGGAUGUGGAAAUCUAUGUUCCUAUCGUUCUUUCACCUGGCAUUCUGAUGUUUCCUUGGCAGCCAAAAGCAGGAGUGUACCAGUACCCCAUCCAGGCUCAGGGUGGAAGUGGCAACUUCAGCUGGUCAUCUUCUAACCAGGCAGUAGCUACAGUGACAGUGAAAGGAGUGAUGUCAACUGGAAGUGAGACUGGGGUCAGUCUUAUUCAGGCAACUGAUGUUCGGAAUCCUUUGCAUUAUGGAGAAAUGAAGGUGUACGUGAGUGAACCCAGYGGGAUGGAGUUCACACUGUGCCAAGUGGAAACACACGUUGGGCAUAUCCUGGAGCUGCCCCUGAGGAUCAGUGGCCUCACGAGCGUGGAGAGGGGCGAGCUGGUCCAGCUGAGUGACUGCUCACACCUGGAACUCGCUGUGGAAGUGGAGAACCCGGGCGUGUUCAGCCCACUGGAAGGAAGACUUGAGCCAACAGCUGAUUUCUGUAGUGGUGUCAUAGUGAAGGCUGAAGCUCAGGGAUACACCAGACUGGUUGUUGUGUACACCCAUGGGCACGUGCGCCUCAGUGCCAGCAUCACCAUCGCUGCUUAUCUGCCACUGAAAACCAUUGAUGCACCRUAUGUCGCUUUAGUGACUCUGGGUUCCUCUAAGGAUAUGUURUUUGAAGGAGGACCUAAGCCAUGGGUCCAAGAACCUUCCAAGUUCUUCAGGAGCAUCGCUGCUGAGGAUGCAGAAAGCGUUGUCCUGUCCUUACUUGAACCUCCCACACCUCAAAAUGACAACCAGCACUGGGUUAGRGCGCUGUGCAGGAGCCUGGGAGAGCAGGUUAUUACCCUAACAGUUGGGAACAGCCCCACAGUCACCAACCCUUUCCCAGCAGUUGAACCUGCWGUGGUGAAGUUCAUCUGUGCUGUCCCUUCCCGACUGACUGUGAUUCCUGUUUAUGGCAGCCCUCAGCUUGAUCUCUCCUGCCCUUUGCUCCAACAGAACAAGCAAGUGGUUCCYGUUUCCAAUUACCGCAAUCCAGUACUGGAUUUGGCUGCCUAUGACCUGCAAGGCCGGAAAUUUGACAACUUCAGCUCUCUUAGUGUGAUGUGGGAAUCCACAGAUAAGGCCAUUGCUCGUAUUGAGCCACAUCUGCCAAUGGAGCUGACUCUGAAGGAGGAGGGGAAUGGUCGGAUGAAAAUGCAUGGCUUACAGACUGUUGUAGUUGAUCGUGAGUUUGGAACUGCUGCCAUCUCUGCCACUGCCACUGGAUACCAGCAGUCCCACCUGAAGGCAGCCAAAGCAACAGUACCGUAUGAAGCUGUGCUCCCAGGACCUGCCACCAUUGAACUGAUGCUCGUGGAAGAUGUGAAAGUGAGCCCUACUGCAGUGUCCAUUUACAACCACCCUGACGUGCAGGCAGAACUUCUCAUCCAACAAGGUUCUGGAUAUUUUUUCAUUAAUACCAGUGUGCCAAAUAUUGUAAGAGUGACACAUGAUGAGACUCGAAGUAUUGCUUUGGUGCAGCCCAUGCUUCCAGGAUCAGUGAGUGUAAUGAUUCAUGACUUGUGUCUGGCUUUGCCUACCCCAGCUGAAGCUGAAAUUUAUGUAUCUGAUAUCCAGGAACUGUAUGUGCGAGUUGUUGACAAGGUGGAGAUUGGAAAAACAGUUAAGGCUUAUGUCAGAGUUCUGGAUGACUCAAAAAAACUUUUUCUGGCAAAAUAYUUUCCUGUCAUGGACCUGAGUCUAAAAGCAGCAUCUCAGAUUGUCUCACUUGUCCCCCUCGGGGAGGCUCUGGAUGACCACACUGCUGCKUUCCUGGUGCGUGGGAUGGCCAUUGGGCAGACGAGUCUUACAGCAACUGUGGCUGACAGAAGAGGACAGAGAAUCAACUCUGCUCCACAGCAGAUUGAAGUGUUUCCCCCAUUUAGACUACUGCCAAGGAAAGCGACCCUAAUUAUUGGAGCCAUGAUUCAGAUCACUGCUGAAGGAGGCCCCCAACCACUGUCCAACAUCAUUUUCUCCAUUAACAAYGGGCACAUUGCAUCAGUGAACAGCUCUGGGCUGGUCAGAGCAGUGGCCAUUGGCAAAGGGGUGGUGACAGGAGUGCUGCAGGCUGUUGAUGCAGAGACAGAGAAACUUGUGGCCGUGUCUCAGGACAAGGUGGAAGUUGAAGUGGUACAGCUGACAGCGGUCAGAAUUCGUGCGCCCAUUACACGAAUGAAAACUGGUACUCAGAUGCCAGUUUAUGUCAUGGGCAUCACCAGCAGCCAGACUCCCUUCUCCUUUGGCAGUGCCAUGCCCGGGUUAACGUUCCACUGGUCUGUCACCAAGAGGGACACUCUGGAUGUGCGGACAAGGCACAGUGAGGCUGCUUUUCACCUUCCUGCAAACUACAACUUUGCAGUGGAUGUUUAUGGCAAAGUAAAGGGAAGAACAGGCCUCAAAGUUGUGGUGAAGGUCCUGGACCCUGCAGCUGGCCAGUUCUACAACAUGGCGAGAGAACUGUCAGAUGAAAUCCAAAUUCAGGUGUUUGAAAAACUUCAUCUAGUCACUCCAGAGGUAGCAGCAGAGCAAAUUUUAAUGUCACCAAAUUCCUUUAUUAAACUUCAGACUAACAGGGACCGAGUGGCUUCCUUGAGUUACCGUGUCCUGGAUGAACCAGAUAAAGUCCCUGUUGUGAAAAUCGAUGAGAGAGGUUUUCUUAUCUCUGGGUCUGUGAUUGGAUCAUCAAUGAUUGAAGUGAUUUCACAGGAGUUGUUUGGCAUCAAUCAGACCAUCAUAGCUGCUGUUCAGGUCUGCCCGAUCUCCUACCUCAGGAUCUCCAUGAGGCCUGUUGUGCUCACSCAGAACAAAGAGGGACUGCUGGCUCUGCCCCUGGGCGUGACACUGACCUUUACAGUCCAUUUCCAUGAUAACUCUGGAGAUACUUUCCAUUCACAUAAUGGUGUGCUCAAUUUUGCCACCAACAGAGAUGACUUUGUGCAGAUCGCCAGGGGAGCCACCAACAACACCUUUGUGGUCCGGACUGUGAACGUGGGGCUGACCUUGCUCAGAGUGUGGGAUUCAGAGCACAGUGGUGUUCCCGACUACAUCCCUCUGCCAGUCCAAGAUGCCAUCUUCCCUGAGCUCCUCGAUGUGGUGGUGGGGGACAUCCUCUGCCUGAGGACCUCGCUGGCAGCCCAGGAGGGCCUGCUGGGCGUGUGGAGCUCUUCCUCAGGUGCUCUUCUCGUGGACUCCAAGACUGGCGUGGCCCUGGCAAAGGAAUCUGGGGUGGUCACUGUGUACUACGAGAUCCCUGGGCUGCUGAAAACCUACAGAGAGAUCUUGAUUAAUGCACCUCAGAGGACCACAGCAAUGCAUGCCAGUGGCAUGCAAACAGGUUCACAGGGAGUGGCAGCCUCAAAAGUCAUAGUUUCAAUUGGGGAAACAAAUAAAAAUCUAAAAGGGGAGUGCUCGCCUGCUCAGACUGAAGCCAUUGCUGAGUUACAGCCCCAGUCCAUUAUCAGUUGCCAYCUCGAUUUCAGCAGUGAUGCCUUUGACUUCCCAGCACAAGAUAUUUUUAUAGCAGAACCUGGAUAUGAUGCAGUUUCAGGACACUACACAUGCUCCAUCAGGAUGCACAGCCUCACGGACAAGCAGCUGAAGCACCUGAGCAGGAGCAAGGCCACGCUGAGGGUCACAGCGUCUGUGCGGGGCAGCAGCCUGCCCGGGGAGCAGCUGGCUGCUGAGCUGCCCUUCAAUCGCUGGUUCUACGCUGACCAGCCUGAGAUGCUGCUCAGCAACCAGGACACAAGCUCCAUCCUGAAAAUAUUUGGUGCUGCUGAAAUUUUGGAUUCCCUGGAGGUGAAAUGUGAGUCCCCAGCAGUGAAGGUGCUGGAGAAGGAGAAAUCCUAUGGGCUGCCUAGUUAUGUGGUGUACACUGUGAGCCUGGCUGAUCCCAGAGUUCCCAGCCAGGGCUCCCUGUCCACCUCUCUGACKGUGUCCAGUCCCAUGACAGACCAGUCCACCACUAUCCCAGUGACAGUGAUCUACCUAGCUGACAGAACCACUGCACCAAUGAGAUAUGAAGCCAGUCUCUUCCAGCAGUUUGUUGAGUCCUACCAAGUGAUGAUCUUCACAUUUUUUGCACUCCUGGCAGGAACAGCUGUUAUGAUCAUAGCCUACCAUGCAUUCUUCUCACCAAAUGAACAGCACAAUCAGCCRGUAUUUCACACAAGGAUAACUCCUCAGCACACCCCUAACAGUUCCCUUGUGUCACCUACACAUUCCUUCAGUUCCCAAUCCUCGAGCAGGCAGCCAAGCCCCUCGACCACGCUCUGGAGCACGGGUUAUGCCUCUCGGUGAAGCAGCAGGGCCCAUCCUCAUGCUGGGAUAUAAAACAACACAGUGCCUUUCAAGUUCAGCAAGUUCAACAACUUAAGCAGCUGUAAUGUAAUUCAAGUUUUCUCUUGAAUAUGGCAGUUUCUUAAUUUAUUUUUUUUUAAUAUUUAGGGCUCUUUAUUUUUUUAUGUUAGUGCUUCRGUUCUCAAAACCUUGUUUAUCUGUUGUUUUUUGCUGCCUGCACAAAAAGCAAUGUUUAUGCUAAUCUGGCUUWCUUGCACUCUUCAAGCAAAUAGAAGUUAUAUCUAAGUUAGAGUGAUAACAAUUUUUURUUUACUUUUUGUAAAAAUUAGGUUUCUUUUCAAUGAACAUUUWAAAAAAGGGAAAUUAUAAAAACAGGUGAAAUAUGAGCCAAAAAUUUAAAGGAUUGUAUAUUUCAAAGAACUAGUUUUUAUUUUGCGUUCCAAAUACUCAGGAAUGUAUUGCACUGAUAAGUGUUCUUAUAUUUAGCCUUACACUGGGAUUCAUCAGCACAAUGUGCUGGUUUAGCACUAGGAAUGCUGGAAUAGCUGUGAAUAAUUCGGAGGGUUUUUUACAGCAACAAUUAAAAAAAAAUCAAACUUAGUGUGGCUUCCUUUGGGUACAACUGCAGUAUUCCUUGGUACUGUAAGCACUUUCUUGAACUGGGAAUGUGAAAGCAUGUGCCUUCUAAAUGAACCUUUCUUCUGGUAGGCAUCUUUUAUUUUGUGAAUAUAAUCACCAUCCCAAUCACUUUUAUCUGUAAGCAGGGUUUUGCAGCUAUCAGAAAAAGGCUUUGUUUACAUAUAAAAAGAAUCCCAAUUUUCACUGUGAAUAUUCUGGCUGUCUGAACUCUGCUAAGGACCAUAAGGAAUGUGAAAUAACAAAAUACUUAAUCCAGAAUACUUUGUACAGAAUUAUGCAGGCAAAUAUGUGAAUGGAAUGCAGACCCAGUGCAUGGCAUUGAGUUUUGGUUUCACACAGUAUUACAAAAAAAAGGACUGUUACAUGUAAWUGUAUGGAGUCUUGUUUAACUUACUGGCUAGUUUUGGACAAGUUGUGCCUUAAGUGCUAGUACCACUUAAAAUGGUCAGUUUGGAUGUAGAUAAUUAUUUGAAUCUGUAUUAAAGUUUUCUAAGAUUCCUUUAUUUUGCCAUUGAUGAAUAUUUUUGUGGUUUGGCUGUUCAGAAUCUACCACUGGGCUAUAUUA